UUUUUGGGUAAAAAUAUACAUAGCCAAAGUUACACCAUUUCAGACGUUUCUACAUGUACAAUUCAGUGACAUCGAUUUCAUUCUUUAUGGUAUCUUUUAAAUGUUACUUUUGAAAAUUCUCCUUUAAUAUCUCUACCUUGGCCCAUGAAUAUAAAAAUUGACUUCACUUUAAUGAUCUAAUUUUUUUAAUUAAAAUCUUGCAGCAUUUUGGUGAAGCGCUAGAAUAUAAUUUUCAUAGCAAAAUUUUAAACCUGAACCUGCAUUUUAUCUCUCUCUGUAUGAAGUAUUUAAAGGGCAGACUUAUCUGGUUAUGCUUUACAGUUUUACAGAAAGAUCUUUUUUCUCCUUUCACUAUCUUUCAGCUGAGAAAGUCAAGGGAACAAUCAAUAGACUGGGUUAAGAGAGUGAAAAUUUGUCCAGUGUACUGGAAUUUGCUUCCUCCCUGGUGGCAUUCAAAGUGAUGUUGUGUAAAAAUGUGAAGGACAAGUGUUUACUCUGGCCUUGACCAAGAUUUUGGAUGUCUUCUUUUGGGGGUUUCUGGCAGUGCCGGUGUUUCAGAAAUCUUCCCCUCCUCUCACCAGUGGAGUGAACAAAUACAGCUCCUCAGUAGGCCGUUGAAGAGAACAAUCACAGGUUUCUGAAGGUGACAGUGAAAUGUGAAGAAGUUAUAUUUCGAAUGUGAUACUUGAAAGUUAGUGACUGCUUACCUAAUUUUUUUGAAAAUUAAAUAUGGCUUUAGAAGCAUUAAUUUAUGAAGGUUUAUGAUGUCAUCGAUGGCCACAGAAAGCAAACUCCAGCAGGCUGUGAGCCUGCAGGGAGUUGACCCAGAAACAUGCACGAUUGUGUUUAAAAACCACUGGGCACAGGUUGUGAAGAUCUUAGAGAAGCAUGACCCCUUGAAGAAUACUCAGGCAAAAUAUGGAUCCAUCCCUCCAGAUGAGGCCAGUGCUGUACAGAACUAUGUAGAACACAUGCUCUUCUUGCUGAUUGAAGAGCAAGCCAAGGAUGCUGCAAUGGGACCAAUUCUGGAAUUUGUGGUCUCUGAGAAUAUCAUGGAGAAACUCUUCCUUUGGAGCUUGAGACGGGAAUUUACUGAUGAGACUAAAAUUGAACAGCUGAAGAUAUAUGAGAUGUUGGUCACCCAGUCGCACCAGCCUCUUCUGCACCACAAGCCCAUUCUGAAGCCCCUUAUGAUGUUGCUGAGCUCUUGUUCAGGAACAACCACCCCCACUGUGGAAGGGAAGCUGGUGGUCCUACUCAGUCAGCUCUGUUCUAUCCUUGCCAAAGAUCCAUCCAUUCUGGAACUCUUCUUCCACACUAGUGAGGACCAAGGGGCUGCCAACUUCCUCAUCUUCUCCCUUCUAAUUCCCUUCAUUCACCGGGAGGGGACAGUAGGCCAGCAGGCCAGGGAUGCUUUGCUUUUUAUCAUGUCUCUUUCUGCUGAGAACAGCAUGGUGGCCCAUCACAUUGUGGAGAAUACCUACUUCUGCCCAGUUCUUGCAACUGGGCUGAGUGGUCUCUACUCUUCCCUACCUACAAAGCUAGAAGAAAAAGGCGAAGAAUGGCACUGCCUUCUUAAAGACGACUGGCUCUUACUCCCGUCUCUCGUCCAGUUCAUGAAUUCCCUGGAGUUUUGUAAUGCAGUCAUCCAGGUGGCUCACCCCUUGAUUCGCAGUCAGCUUGUCAAUUACAUUUACAAUGGAUUCUUGGUACCGGUCUUGGCUCCUGCUCUCCAUAAGGUAACUGUGGAGGAAGUCAUGACCACAACGGCGUAUCUGGACCUUUUCCUGCGUAGCGUCUCCGAGCCAGCACUACUUGAGAUCUUCCUCCGUUUCAUUCUAUUGCACCAGCACGAGAACGUCCACAUAUUGGACACUCUUACAAGCCGAAUCAACACUCCAUUUCGGCUUUGCGUGGUGUCCCUGGCAUUGUUCAGAACUCUCAUUGGUUUACACUGUGAAGAUGUGAUGUUACAGCUAGUUCUAAGGUACCUGAUCCCCUGCAACCACAUGAUGCUGAGUCAGAGGUGGGCUGUGAAGGAGAGAGAUUGUUACUCAGUUUCUGCGGCCAAGCUGCUUGCCCUGACUCCGGUCUGCUGCUCCAGCGGGAUCACUCUGACAUUGGGGAACCAAGAGAGGGAUUGUAUUCUCUGGUCAAAGUGUAUGCACGAUAGCUCAGGGCCCACGGAUCAGCAGCCCCCCGAGGCGUUCUCUCCGUCGGCCUGCAUUGUGGAAUAUGGGAAGGCCCUGGACAUCAGCUACCUGCAGUACCUCUGGGAGGCCCACACCAACAUCCUCCGCUGCAUGAAGGCCUGCCGCACCUGGUCCGCCCUGUACGACGGCGAGUCCCCCAACCACGAGACUUUCCUCCAGGGCCUCUCAGAGGAAGGCAGUAGGGACUCAGCCUACCCUGUGUUGAGGCUCCAGCAUCCAUUCCCCAGUAAGAUGGAGUCUCAUUCGGCUCCCGGAAAGGAGAAAAGCCAGACAGAGCUGGAGUGGGAUGACAGCUACGACACUGGAAUCUCCUCAGGGGCUGACGUGACCUCCCCCGGGCCUUAUGAGUCUAUGGACAAUUCCGGUCCCCCGGUGCCCAUUAGUCCCCCCAAACACAUCCAGGAGAUGAAGAAGAAUGCCAUCCUGCUCUUCAAAGGGUCCUACAUUGAAGAGUCAGACUUCCAGGACGAUGUCAUGGUAUACAGGUUGUGUGCUGAGAAGGACUGUGAGGACACCAGAAAUUCUCAGGAGGAGACUGCAGGGGCAUCAGCCAAAGCCCAGACUGAGGAUCAGGGUGCUCCCAUGAACAACUGCCCCCUUCCCAGCCCCCAGCCAGAAACAGAUUCAGGGGAGGAACAUAAUAGGGAUAACAUGAACUUGUUUCAGACUGUAUCCAAGGAAACAGCACAAGAGAAUGAUCCUGAAGUAGUGGCCCCAGAAUCAAACUCGGAGUUAACGCCCCCUGUCUCUGAGGCAGAGCACAGCGCAAGUCUGACUGUUGUUAACCCAGAGAGCGAAGAUUUCAUUGCCCAGUAUGACCAAAUCAUUAAAGAACUGGAUUCUGGCACAGAGGGCUUGAUAGAGCAGAAUUUCCCCACCCCUGAUCCUCUGCUUCUCACAAAGGAGGGAGAGAGGAAGGGAGAAGAGAGCAAAGAAGAAGAGGAGGAGGAAGAGGAGGAGGGGAAGAAGGGGCUAGACGAGGACGAGGAUGACUUUGACUCUUUCAUGGCAGAAACUCCUACUGCAGAGACCGUGCCUUCCCCAUUUGGGGCAAGAGAUGAGACUGCCUUUGCCAGUCACCAAGUGAGGACUCAGAGUGCCCCGUUCACAGGCCCAUUCAUCAGCGUGGUCCUGUCAAAGCUGGAAAACAUGCUGGAGAACUCGUUGCAUGUUAAUUUGCUGCUUAUUGGGAUCAUCACUCAGCUAGCCAGCUACCCCCAGCCGCUCCUGCGCUCUUUUCUGCUCAAUACCAACGUGGUCUUCCAGCCAAGUGUACGCUCUCUCUAUCAGGUCCUUGCAUCUGUGAAAAACAAAAUUGAACAGUUUGCUUCUGUGGAGAGAGAUUUCCCAGGACUCCUCAUACAAGCCCAGCAAUACCUGCUCUUCCGAGUGGACAUGUCUGAUACGGACCCUGAGUCACUAACCAAAGAUCCCAUUCAAAAUGCUUCCUGGACAGACACUGGUAGGAACCUUUUGGAUGAUCCCCCAAGAGUGCUUCAGCCCUUCUUGACCAACAGAGCCAAGGUGGCUGGGGCGCCCCCAAACCUGCCCCUGCCGGUGAGGAACACCAUGCUGGCUGCUGCCCUCUUCCCAGAGUUUCUGAAGGAGCUGGCAGCCUUGGCCCAGGAACACUCCAUUCUGUGCUACAAGAUCCUGGGGGACUUUGAGGACUCCUGCUGUUAGCUUUUUUUUUUUUAAGUAGAUGCUCUUGUUUUAUAAGGUUUUAGUGUUUUGACUGAAUGUUAAAUGCAAAGCUGCUUACAGAAAUUUCUACUUUGCUGUUUCCUGACAAUACUUGAUUUGGGGGAGAAAUUUUCUUCAUAUCUCCUGUCUAGCCGUGUCUUUCCACCUUAUGUUAUAUAGAAUGUAAGUCUCAUAAGCUGAUUGCUCCCUAGGCAGGCUUUCUCUUCCUCCUUACAUUUUUUGGUUGUUCUUUUCCGUCCCCCUCUGUCACUCGUCUUGCAGUUCACACCGUACCUGUGAAUAUCAGGGUUCGGUGAUUCUAGAAGUGCCUGUGUCCACAGCUGGCUCUUCAGCAGUGCGUGAAGAGUACACAUCUGCAUCCCACACACCUGCUCCUGGUGCUUCCGCAUUUGGCUGCCGUUUUAUAGAAGGGAAGACUAGGGAUGGGUAGCCCAGCCUCUCUUGCCUUCAUCACACAACCUCGGACUUUUCCUCCCAGGACUCAUAUUCUGUCCAGUAUGUGUUGCCUUAUGGUGCAGGCAAAUCCACUGAUUUCCACUAGCUGCCUGGGAAGUCAGAUGUUGUUUUGGAGAGAAUUUGGAAUGCAGGGAAUUUUUCUUGUUUCUUGAGAGCUUUCUUUAAUUGGAUUAUCACUACCUAAACACUGAAGAUAGCCUUAUUUUAGUAAGAUUUGCACAAAAUCAAGCAUACCUAUGCAAACUGUUACUCUGGUUUUUAGGAGUUUGAUAAAAUGAAGAAAGCAUGGUAUCAUAUCCUUAUGUAAGGAAACAACCAUAGUUACUUUGUAAGUUUCCUGAAAACAAACAGAUUGACUUGUGAAGCUCUUCUGUGGUAGUUUCUUUGGGAUGGGAGGAGGGUGAAGUGGAGAGAAAGGAUAAAGGUAAACUUAAUGCAACCUGUGAAAAACACUGGUGAUUCUGUCUGCUUUUGCUAAUGUGUUGCACUUUGUAGGGAAGCAGGUACUGUCCAGCCCUCUCUGGGAGCUGAUGCAGUUGCAGACACGUCGCAGGGAGCUCUGCAAAGCCAAGUGCCCACCACCUGGGAAGUCAGCCUUCUGAGUAAUAGAGUUCAUUAGAAGGCUGCCUUGAUGUGUUAGUGCAUCUCAGCUGCUCCACGAGGCUUAAUCAUACUUAGAGCCAGUCUCCUUAAACCACCACCAAGAGGGGAAACACACAGAAUAACUGCCAGCUGAAAAGGAGACCAUACGCAACUGAUAUUUAUGGAUGUUAAAUUCCACUGCCUUCUGUUUUGGGCCCAGUUCUGCAGGUGAGAAGCGGGUAACAGGGAUGCGCCUCGCUGUUCAGGAGGGAAAUUGGAAGGCCCCGUGUUCUGCUUGCUCUGUGGGCAUCACUGCUGAGCCCGAGGGGCAACUGUGGUCUGGGAGCUGACCAUCACCUUCUCCGGAGCCCAAGAGACGUGGCUGAGCAAAAGCUGGCCCUUUUGUGUUUCAGGGAUCUUGAGGCAGCUGUGUAUUGUGGGAGAAAGAGCCAAGCCAUGGAAUAAAGAUACCAGGAGACCUGACCUGGCUGAGUGAGCUCUUAGGAGCGAGUUUAGCAGUGUUUCUGAGUCCAGACAAGGAACCAAAGAUAGCAGUUCACUGCACAUUUCUGACUUCAAAUUUGUCAUGAAAACUGGUUUGCCCAGCUGUGAUGCAGCAGCCAGAAUGUAUGAUGCCCAGCUGACUGGCCUCCUGUCAGCCUCCCAAUGUCUGGUUGUGUUUGCACAGCCCACAAUCCUCUAUUAGAAAAGAAGGUAGAUUAAGGUAGAGAGAGGGGAACAGUCAAAGAUGAAAUUUAAGCUCUUAUUUAUUAUCCUCUUGCUUUGUUUUGCCCAAGUGUUUGUCUUCCUGUUUGGACUUACCAGGUACAUAAAAUGCUAAAAUCACACCCAAAAACUGUAUUCUCUAGGUGUUUGGUUUUAUUUACACCCCCUGUCCACUACUUGGUGGUGACGUAGAUUGUUCUUGAAUCCGUGCUGCUUUGUUACAGAACACCGUGGUCCCCUUUGGAGAAAGUGCCUUUUGGGGAAAAAACUGAUUUUGUGCAUCUUAUUAUUUAUUUAUUUAUUUUAACAGGUAUUGAAGUAGACUUAAUGUCUGGGGUGAGAGGCGGGAGAAUUUAACUUCCUAUUGGGAGGGUGGGUAUUGGUAGCAAACUCACAUGAUAACUCUUCCUCACUUUCUGUUUGGAAUUGGGACCAACUGGCUCAUGUUUCUAAAUCCAUUGAAGCUCUCUUCUAGAGUGCUAUGUCCAGGGUUUUGUAAAAUAGAGUCAGAAAACUGACUAAAAGAGAACUGGGACACCCACACGGCUGAAUGGAAUAGCAGAUUGGGUUAGGUAAGGAUGGCUGAGGACAUAUGCCUGAGGAAGAUGACAGACAGACUGGGGGACUGAACGUUGAUUCAGGCGGACAAGAAGAUACUGCCCAGCAGCCUGUGACGAUGGGAACUCCUUGGUGGGAAGAAAAUCUUGGUAAUGAAAUAGAAUGGUCCAGUCCUAAACUAAAUAGGUGAGGCCCUUAGAAAAUUUGGGGAAAAAAAAUUUUUUUUUUUUAAACAUCUUUGGCAUGCUUAAAAAUGUGAUCCAAGACUGUGGACAUUUUUCCAUAUGACAGGCUCCCACCCUGGUUGCUGGGUUACUUGCUGGAAGAACCUAGGGAAAAGGGAAGCAGUGGACACAAACUCUUAGGUGCAGCUUGAUGAUGCUGGGCAGCGAGGGCUAAUCCAGGUUCCCAAACACAAACCUAACCUCCACUCCUAGGUCAGGGUCCGAUUUAGAGUUCUAGACUGAGUGAAUUUUGUGGCUUAGGGUAUAUGAGAGUGCUGGGGUAUAUAAAAUUGACUUUUGGAAAUGGCCAAGUAAAUAUUUAAAAAUUUUUACUCAAAUUCCAGGUUAGGUUUGACCUAAAACAUAGUUCCAUGGAGUAAAUUAUCUCCCAGCCAUGAAAUAGGGACGCUGGAAUACCUAAUUAGAGAUGUGAUUUUCCUUGUCAUUUGAUUCUUCCUUUCCCUGGUGUUCAGAAGAACUGUCCCCAUUUUUCUCAGCAUUAUUUUGGAAACUAUUUUGACAUGCUGGGUUGGAGUUGAUGUCUGUGUUGUGUAGGAAGGAUGUGUUCAGUUCACUUAGGAGUCCUCAGGGGUGCCUUUCCCUCGCAGGAUGUGUUUCUGUAGGUCAGGUAUAGUUGUUGGGUUUUGAUCCAUUAAGACACCAUGGGGCCAGCGUGUUGUCAGGAUCACAUCUCCUUAUAGUCAGAAACCAGGAAUAGGAUGCGUGGGUUGCCUGUUGAGUUCGGGCAGCCAGUGGUGGUGGUGGUUGAACGUUUUUGUCAGUGUCUCUGGAACAGCCUGGCUGCAGUGGUCAUGCGGGUAGACCUCCACAUCUGUUUAGAGGUUUGGGUUGUGGAUGCAUGCCCAUUCUGAACCAGGAAGUGUGUCUAGGCUGCUUUCAUUAAGGAAGGACUGCCCUAGCAGGAGUGGGACGUGUCACUGCUGUAAUGUCAAAUGGCUGCAGUUGUUGGUUCCACAGCAUACACUUCAGUUCUCAUUUAAGGCCAGUUUACUUAAUCACUAAUUACCAGCCCUGUAUGUAUUGAAAUGGCUGUCAUGCUUGCCAUUUUUAUGAAACAUUCUAUUGCAGGACAGCUGUUAUUGCACAGGCUGCUUCAAGUCACUGGCCCAGGCCAGGGUGAUGUGGUGGUCUGCUGCGAAUCUCAGCCAGCUUUGCAGUAUUAGCUCUUCCUGGGAAAGCAGUCCUCCUGUCGCUGAGGACACUGGCUUUAGGUCAUUAAGAGGAUAUUCCCAGGCCCCUUCUCAAGCCAGCCGUUAGUCUAUAAAUCACACACCAACAAUUCUCCAUCAAAUAGCAGCUUAACACAGACCACUGUCAAACCAGUUUUACCUCACCCUUAAAUCACAUCAUUGAGAAAACAUUUCAAAAAGCCAAUGGAGUUGACUUUUUUUUGAAUGACCAUCAUAAAACUAAUGCUUUAGAAAGAGCCCUCAGAAGACUCAGAAUUGUUUUCGGAAUAAUUUGCCUCAGUAAAUCCUCUGCACAUUCAGGCAUUUAUAAGGCCAGUACUUGUUUUGGAGGAUGGAUUAUCCUGGCAGCUAAUCAGCUGGAUCAACAACAGGGCUUCAGUGGGAGAUUUUCAGCAAGGCUCUGUGGGGGAAAGAAGGGCCAGGACAAGGUCUUUCGCCCCUUGCACUCAGAAUCCUACAACUGAUAACUGAUUUUAGUUAGGGCUGGCUCUUCCUAUUCCUUCAGGUGAGUGGAUUUUGUCCCUGUCUUAACAAGAUGCAAGUUAACCUGUCACCCACCUAGCAGUAGGUCUCAUCUGCUUGAGUUCGAUAUGUGUUUCGGCAUCUUUUGGAGAGUUUAGAUUUACUGUAUCAUUUCAGAACAUGAUAGGGUGAUGCAGCUGAGGCUGCAGAAGUCUGUGCUUCUCUGUACGUCAGCAGACUUUUUAUUGGGACAGGUCUUCCAAAGGCCCACCUAUAACCCGGCCCCUUUUUGCUCUGCAGAUAUGUUAAAAGAGGGAAUUUGAUGUUGACCAUCUUACCUUAACUGGUAUUUGCUAAGUUGUUUGACCAAGGGAGGUAGCGAGAAAGGGUUUCAACCAAAUGCUCUCCAUCUCUCAGUCUAGUGUUGACUCUGUUCACAAUGAUCCACGAGUCCGUUUGUCCACAACCUGCUGAGGUGACCAUUUCAGCGCUGCCUCUGGUAAUUGGUAGAUAACAUGGCCUUUCAGGUAGACUUAAUUUUUUUUUUUUAAUAGUCAGUAUGUAGAAUCUUUGAAACAAUGGAGCUAAAUUCAAAAGAAAAUGAAAAUCACAAUAGAAAUUGUGAGUCAUGGCCAUAAACUAUAUACUGAAUUAACCAGCUCAGAGGGAGGGUACACACAAAUAUGGCAUAUGGCAUACUUUCAUAAAUUUCAUACCCUUCUUCCAGAUUUCCAGUAACCACCAAAAAAAAAUGGUGGUUGGGGGUGGGGCGGUCAGCUGAAACAUCCUUACCUUGGUAUAAUAAAUAACCUGAUUUCCUUUCUUGGGCCAUCUCACAUCUUGAAAGAUGGGAACAGAAUUUCACUGUGAUGUAAGUGCCUGGACAGAGACAAGUAGCUUCUUCCUUGACCCAAAUGACCCAGGAUUUGAAAGCCUUGCGGGCAGCACCAGUCCUCUUACAAAAAAGAGAGUCCCCACGGAGGCUUUCCAUUGAUUUCGUUUUAUAAAUUAAAGGAACAUUUACUGACUACUUCCUCUGUGCCUGGCAGUGUGCUGAGUGCUGGAGAUGACGCCCUGCCUUCCCCAUCAGGACACACCAGCCCACCAACCUCCUCCUCAAGCAGCAGAAUACACGCUUGGGCCUGACUGGGCUGGGCUGGUGCAGGUGGGGCUGGGGGAGCCAGUUUUCUGGCACAUUCCUUCCCCAGUGAGAGCUCAUUGCCACACAUCCAGCCUACAGGUGUGUGGAUUCCAAUGCCAGAGGCAGUGGCUUCACCUAUGGCGCGAACUCAUACAUUUUAAUGAGAUUUCCCCUGAAUAGCAAACACAGAAGCAGACUAAAUUCACACUCAUGUAAGAACAUAUUUAAAAUUGUACUUCACUGAGGCCCAUUUACCAGCAGAGCCAUACUUUGUGAAUUUCUUAGGGUGUUAUGUAAACAUACUUUUCAAAUAUCUAGUCAGGCUUCAAGUAAGACGGCGAGCUGUGCUUUGUUUUUUUUCUAGUAGCAGUUCUAUCAACAUAACAGUCUGGUUUUCAAGAAUUUCAGAACUUGGCAUUCAAGACAAAAGGCUAUGGUCAUAUCUGGGCAAGAAUUAGCACUUUAAAGAUCAGGUGUUUUAACAAUGGCAGUUUUCUCUGGGAAUGAUCAGUCCGUAGUAUAGUUUACACUUGAUGUAGUUGUUUUGGUAAACUGUCUUCAUCUGGCCGCAUCCCCGUUUAAGUAAGCACUUAAAGUGGUCUGGAAAGAUCCUCCAGUGCUUUCUAGAAGGCUUGACUGGCCAAGAAGCCAGAACCUUUGGUGAAAAUGGCAUUUAUAAAACAAAACUGAACCUUCUUAUUUCUUACAAAGAAAAGAUUCCACCAGAUUCCAAUCUCAGACCUUCUCCACCCGCCCCUUUGUAAUUCAGAGGCCUGUGGAGGGAGGCGGGAGAACACUGCCUUUCUCUCAAAGAAAGCAAGGGCGCUUUUUGCUUUCAGGCCUGGUAAUUCUCAGUAUUGCAACACAAUGCAGGGCACAUGGCUUCCUGGGCAACAAGACGUAUUCGCUUACAAUUCAAAGUCACUAAUUAAACCUAUUUUUUUUUUUUAAAGGUUACUUCCUCAUGUUUGUCUGAAAAGUGAACCACAAAACAAAUUUCCUUUCCCUCUCACUUUCCUGGCUGGGUCAGAGGGACACUUCUCUCCACUCAGGGAAGCCAUAACCAUUGUCCACAACCAGGAACCAGUAAUUGCUAAAUUGCAGGGGAGGGCUUCACUUUUCUCCAAUUCCCCUGGUGCCGCCAGAGCAAUGUUCACGACAGAAAUGUUUUCACUGUCCUCCUUGGUAAGCUAGAGAACUCAAGAGUUUAAAAUCAGGGCCUUCAAAGAGUCUGUUCUCUUGCUUGUGCCACAGUUUACUUGGCGUGUGCUUUUAAGAAACAGCAUUUACAAAACAGGUCUUUGAAGUAAGAGCUGUGGAUAAGAGGAAACGGAGGCACAGUGGACAAGGGCGCAGCAGCGCAACAGAGAGAAAAUAGUGUUACCGUUGAGAAAACAGGUGCGAAGUCCACUCAGCCUGCAUAGCCAUACUUGUUCACUGCACUGGGGUGAUUGUUAUAGAUCAGGGUAUACUAGCUUAUAAUUUUAUUCUUUCCAGACAAAACAAUUUAAUGUUACAGGUUUUUUCUUCUUCUCUUUUUUGGCCCAAGGAUAGGGUGGGUGGGUUGUCAACUGCACAAUCUUUGAAGUGUAAGUUAAUUUUUUUAUGUGAUAUUUCAGUAUGUAUUUUAUUCAUUAAAUUUAUUUGAAAACUUUUGUUGUCUUUUUUACCAAAAAAACGAAACAUUUAUUCUCAGACCUAUGCUACCUCGGUUCCUUAGGGAGCUGAAGGGGCAGUACCCCUUUCACGCAGUAGCUGGAUGAUUACUAUUCCUUUGGUCCCAUCCUUCAUCCUGGCCCUCAUGAGCCCCUCCACACCCAAACAAACUAGUGUUUACUCUGUGCUUAUUAUUGUGUUUUCAUCUUCAUCAGCCUAUUUUUGGAUCUAAAAACACUGUAUCCAGAUUACCAUCUGUCUGGGUUACUGCCAAUCCCAGUACCUAGAACAAGUAUCCAAAAAUAUUUGUUGAAU